GUUGAUCAGCUGUUGGUCAGCCUGACGCGACUUUUGUAUGAGAAGGUAUUCUUAACCUCAUGUGUAUACCCGUAUUCUUGUUUACUCUCACUAAUCGUUGAAAAUUUCGGCGGAUUUGACCGCAUUCAAUUUAUAGAAAACUUGGAUCACAAUGAAUAUUCCGCCGAUUCAACAACCGGGCGCCAUGGGAGUGGGACAAAUGGGGCAACCGGUGAAUACUCAAUUAUCCCAGAAUCAACAGCAAGCCCAGCAAACGCAGCAGGUGCAGCAGCAACAACAGCAGCAGCAGCAACAACAACAGCAGCAGCAGCAGAUGCAAGAAAAACUGGAUAACAUCUCCAAAGUAAAAUCAUUAGUCGGACCUUUAAGAGAGUCUUUAGCUACAGCUCUCAAGACUGCGGCACAGACGUUACAUCAGAACAGUUUGGUCGACGUGGGAUCGUUGAAGGGUAUAGACCAGUCCGAUCAUCGAUUCAACAAGAACAUGGAAGAGUUCUACUCGAUUUGCGAUCAAAUUGAACUACACUUGAAAACCUCUAUGGAGUGCCUUUCGCAAAACUCCAGCUCGGUUCGGUACCUACCAAUGUCCGUUAUAACAACGCGCACGGACACUGUGAGCACGCAAGAGGGACCGGCGCUGUCGUACCCACAAUUCUUGAUGACAGUGCGCGCACAAGUGCAAUUUGCUGGUGAAAUACAUAAAAAUCUUUCGAGUACCGCUUACCCUCAGCAAAUUGCAGCAAAUUCUAAUGAUCCUCGCGGCAUAUCAGACACUCAGUCUUAAUUCUGUGAACUUAUUUGUAAGAACGUUUUGCUUUCUUUCUUUCAGUGCUCAAUAGAUCAUAAGACUUUAUAGAAAGAACCAAUUGUAACUGACAACUUUUGAGUUACUGUGAAUUGCACAUAUAUGCAGUGUAAGAUAAUAUAGAGUAAUUUAAUAACAUAAACAUAGUUUUAUUUAAUAAAGUAUAUAUAUGAAUUAAAA